AUGGUAUUCAAGAAGCUGCUUCAUCUUUUACUAAAGGAUGCAUUGCUGGUGUGGCGUUCGAAAGUUUGGACAGCAUUUGAAAUAAUUAUACCUCUUCUUCUGAUCAUGGCUCCACCUAUUUUGAUGCUUGCGAUGACCAAAAAUCAAGUCGAUACAAGUCAAAUGUCAGGGGUGUAUCAAUCUCAUCAAGUGAAUCUUCAAAACUUGGAUAUCGAAGUUUAUUGUCAAGGGGGUACAUAUAGUAACCAAAAGGCUUCGGUUACUAACUAUUUGGCAGACAGUAAAAUGAGAUGGAGGAACGGAAAGAUAAGUGCUCCUCAGAAAAUGGAUCGUUGGAGUUACGUCGAAGCAGUUCGUUCAUGUGGUAACGCAGUGUAUAUUGUUGAAUCCAAUAUGAGUAGUACCAUUGUUUUGCCCUUAACUGGAAAUUACUGGCCAUACUAUGGUUUCCUUGGAUACAACUAUCAUAUGAAUAAGAUCAUGUAUGGAUUGUUUGAACGUUAUAUGGAACAAAAGUAUUUGCCAAGCCAAGGACAACCUGUCCGAUCUUUGCCAAAUUUCGAUAACGAACUUCAUACUCUUCCAUCAACCAGUACUAUAUUAAUUGGAGAAAUUUUGUAUAAGAUAUUCCCAUUAUUCUUUGGAAUAUGUUUAACAAUGCCAGUUAUUGGAACUACAAGAAAUUUAUUAGUGGAGAAAGAUACACCCUAUCUGAGUACCAUUGGUCUUCCAAUCUGGCUGUUUUACCUGGAACAUUUCAUAUUCGGUGUCAUCAAAACAUCAAUUCUUAUCACUUUGACUUCAUUCGUUUGGCUUCUUAUCAAAGGAUUUCCUGGAUUUGUCGUGAUUGGAAUCUUCUUCUACACCUUCAAUUGUGUCUCCUUUGCUAUUUUUUUUUCCACAAUCUUUCCAUCUGCCAAAAGAGCCGUCGAAGGAAUGGUUCUUAUCUGGAUUGGAACUGUUUUAUUCGCAAUGUUGUAUGAACCAAGUCCGUCUAUGACAUGGCUUGUUUCACUCAAUCCAACGCAUGCCCUGAAGCAUUAUAUUGGAGCUGUCGUGCUGGCUUAUGAUGAAAAUGGAGUUGCUAUUGGUGAUCUAUUUCAAUCCAAAUCGAUCGGUGUUCAAUGCGCAGCUGUCUACAUUGGAUUCAUGAUUUUCAAUACUAUUUGGAUGCUAAUUGCUGCCAUUUUCAUGGAAAAACUAUUCACAUUCUUGGCUCAUGUCCUUUUCAAAAAGCUUUGGGGAAUUCUGAGUAAUCGAAAAACCAAGUUCACUUCUGGAAUAAAAACUGGACCGAAUGGGAGUAGAUCGACGAUUCUGAAUGUUCAGGAGAAGUUGGAUGGACGUUUGAUGGCUGCAGCUGAUAUUGAAUUAAACGGAUUGGUGAAAGUGUAUCCAAAUGGAGAAAAAGCAGUGAACGGAUUAUCAUUGAGAGCAGUUAGAGGUCAAGUAUCAAUUCUAUUGGGUCAUAAUGGAUGUGGAAAGAGUACAACAUUUGGAAUGAUAACUGGAAUGCAUAAAGCAACAGAAGGAAGAGUAUUGAUUGGAGGGGUUGAUGCAAGUUCGAAUAGAGCCGAAGCAAGGAAACUGAUCGGAUACUGUCCACAAUAUAAUCCACUCUAUGAAAAGCUUACUGUAAUUGAACAUUUGAGAUUAGUAAAUGCAUUGAAAGGAGGAAGUGGAGCCACGUUCAAUGCGGAUGCACAGAGUCUUUUGGAACAAAUUGAACUCACGGACAAGAAGAAUACUCUGGCGAAGAAUUUAUCUGGUGGAAUGAAAAGGAAACUUUGUGUUUGUAUGGCAAUGAUUGGGGGGAGUAAAGUGAUUCUUUUGGAUGAACCAACUGCUGGAAUGGAUCCUGCUGCACGGAUUGAUGUUCAGAAGAUGUUAGCUUUGGUUAAGUCGGAUAGAACUAUUCUUUUGACUACUCACUACAUGGAUGAAGCUGAAAAAUUAGGAGAUUGGGUAUUCGUGAUGUCACAUGGAAAGAUGGCCGCAUCUGGAUCAAUUCACUAUCUGAAACAGAGAUAUGGUGGAGGAAUGUUGUUGACUUUGGUGUUCAAGACUAGUUCUGAUCCUAAAAAGAUGUAUACAGCAGCACUCCAAGUCUGUAAAGCGAUAUGCCCAUCUGCAACAGUGAAGGACGAACGAGGACAAAUGAUGGAAAUCAGUAUUUCGGAAGGGGAGAAAUCUAGACUUCCAGCACUUUUCAGAGCUUUGGAAGCUAUCACAGAACGAAAUUUCCACUCUCCUGACAUCAAAAUGCUGGGACCGAAUGUGGAAAGUCAGGCACAAAAGCUGGAAAUUGUGACAGUCGGAGUUUCGAUGAGUUCAUUGGAACAAGUUUUCAUCAAGAUUGGAGAUGAAUGUGAUGCUGUCAUCAAUAAAAGUGGAGGAGCUAAUAAAAAAGUUGAACGAAGAAAAUUGUUUAGUGGACUGAUUGCUGCAAAGAAACAACCACCAAAACAAGGAUUUUCGAGAACACUGAUGACUGUGACUGCUCUCAUUCAGAAACGUGCGUACUACAUGUAUCGUAAUCCUGUUCAAAUAUUCCUUCAAAUCAUUCUUCCUCUUCUCACUCUUUGGAUGUUUGCUGAGAUGUUCUCUGGACUUGUUGCCAGUGAAGUUUCAAAACAAAUGAUAAGUGUGGAGUCUUUGGAUUUGUCAGAGUUUCCAUCGUCAACUGUUGUUGUCCAAAUGGAGGAUAACACUGAGAAUCGUUUGUUAGAUUAUCUUCACACUUUUCCAAAUCUGAAUCUGAUGGAAGUGGAUUACUAUGAGAGUGUAGAGGAUGUGGUGAAAAAGUAUUCGAAUGCAUUCCAAUCGUUGGGAUUCAUCAUAAAGGUGAAACAGAACGGAGUAACAUCAAUUUACUUUGACAGUCGUCACGAUGGAUCGAGUAAAAAUCAGGCUAUUCUUAUCAAUCUCCUCGCCUCUUGUAUGUAUUUGAGAUCUAAUUUUGUUACUGAAUUACCGCACAUUUCGUCUCAAAUAUAUUGGAUGAUGGAUGCAGAAGGGGCGUCUGCGGCAAAUUUAGAAAAGUUGUUAUACCAAUUGCCUGCAAUUGCUUUGAUUAUUGCUGGAGUUGUAAUCCAAUCAACUGUUUAUUUAAUCGAAGAACGUGUCUGCAAGUUCGCUCAUCAACAAUAUCUGACUGGACUCUCUUCAUUUACUUACUGGGGAGUUGUCUUCCUCUGGGAUUUCAUUCUUUACACGUGCAUUGUCCUCUACGUUUUGAUCUUUAUCUUCGUGUAUGGAGUGUUCUCAGGACAUGUUCAUGAAAUCGUUCUAUUAUUCUACUGUCUCUUAUUCUAUCUUGCUCCUGUCGUUUAUCUCACCUCAAUACUUAUUAACUCUCCGACAAAAGGAUCGUUUAUCAUUUACAUGUUCUGUAUUAUCACUUAUUUUGGCGCUGCAAUUUGCUUUUUCGCCAUAGGACAGUCUCCUAACAUGAAGGACGGAACUAAGUGGGGAACUAGAAUUCUAAGUCCAAGUAUAGGAUUCUAUAUGGGGGUUCUGAAAGUGGCAGCGAUCAAUUACGAGCAUUCUGGACUGAGAACAGUAUUUGAUAAUAUUACGGACACUUGGGAGUUCGAAGGAAUUUUGAUCGAAAUCAUUCUCAUCCUUCUCUUCGCUUGUCUCAUCACUUGUAUUUUAUGUUGUGCCACAUUGAAAUCGAUUCGUCGGACUUGUUUCUCGGUGACUCAUAAGAAAUCACAACAGAAAACUAGAGCUCAAUAUAAAGGAAUCGAAUCAUGUGCAGCUGUAAAAGAAGAGGAAGCGUUGAUUCCGAAAGUGGAUAAAAAGGAUAAAGUUAUAGUCGUGGAUGGACUCAUCAAAGAUUUUAAAAAAUUCCGUGCUGUUAACGGUCUCUCCAUAUCAGUUGGACAUGAGGAAUGUUUCGGAAUGCUUGGAGCAAAUGGAGCAGGAAAAACAACAACAUUUGAUAUAAUCACUGGAUUAACAUUGCCCACUGGUGGAAAUGUAACAAUUGAAGGACAGAAUAUCACUAAAAAUAUUCACAUUGGGUAUUGUCCACAAUUCGACGCAAUGCUUCAACAAAUAUCGUGUCGACAAACAUUGAGAGUAAUGGCUAAAUUACAAGGAUAUCCAAAUGUGAAAGAAGUAGUAGAAAUGGUUUUAGAUUGUGUCGGAAUGAAGGAACAUGGAAAUAAAUUGGUGAAGAAUUGCAGUGGUGGUCAAAAACGAAAAAUCUCGGUCGGUAUUGCGUUGAUGUCCCGUGCAAACUGUAUCAUUCUUGAUGAGCCAACUGCUGGAAUUGAUCCGCGAGCACGUCGAGAGAUCUGGGAUAUCAUUCAUGAAAUGAGAGAACAAGCAAAAUGUUCGAUUGUUCUGACAUCUCAUUCGAUGGAAGAAUGUGAGGCAUUGUGUACCAGAAUUGGAAUACUUCGAAAAGGAGAAAUGAUUGCAUUGGGAACAAGUCAAUCAUUGAAAUCUCAGUAUGGAAACACUUAUAUGAUGACACUCGUUAUUCACCAUCUGACUGAUCGAGAAGCCGUUUGCAAGAAAGUUAGUGAACUCAUGCCAAAUGCAAUUCUGAAGACUCCAGAAUCUAGUUUGACUACUAGUCUUUUUUGGGAGAUUCCAAAAGCGAAAUCUGAUAAAUGGUCACAAAAGUACAGUGAAGUGGAGGCUCUGGCCAAAAAAGCAAAUGCACGAGAUUACAUGCUCACUCAAUCAUCACUUGAAGACACUUUCAUUCGUCUUAUUACCACAGAAUGA